AUGGGUUGGCGAUCAGCAAACCCCUCAACACACACACGCACACUUCACGAGAAGCGAGAUGCGCUCCCUUCUGCGUGGACUAAGCAGUCGCGUGCACCGAGAGAUGCCAUCUUGCCUGUUCGAAUCGGUUUGAAGCAGCGGAACCUGGAGCAUGGCGACCGCUUUCUUCACGAUAUCUCGGAUCCAGAUUCGCCAAACUUUGGGAAGCAUUGGACCGGUGAACAAGUCGCUAACAUGUUUGCACCACACCCGGAGACGUCCGAUGCUACUCUUGACUGGCUUCAUUCAUCAGGAAUCGACCGCGCCCGUGUCAAGCACUCACAUGGAUGUAACUGGGUAGAGUUCUCAGCUUCAGUCUCAGAACUAGAGGACUUGUUGCAAACCAAGUACUACCACUACAAGCACGAGACUGGUGGCUCUCGCAUUGCAUGUGACAAGUACGGACUUCCCCACGAAGUACGCGAACAUGUCGACUUCAUCAUGCCCACGAUCCAACUCGACAGCUUGAAGCCAGUAGCGCAGAAACUGCCCAAAAUGAUGACAGAAGUCAGCCCCAAGACCGGCUCUCUUGACAAUCUCGACAUGUGCCGCAUUCUAAUCACAAUUAACUGCCUGCGAGCCAUCUACAAGAUCCCCGUCGCCAAGUUCAAGCACGAGAGCAACAGGCUAGGCAUUGCCGAGUGGUCAGAUUACCUCUACCUCCCGGAUCUCCAAGUCUUCCUCCAGAGAUGGACAUCUCCCAAAAUCACAUCCGAAGUAGUCGUGGACUUCAUCUCAAUUGACGGCGGCAAGCACUCCAACCUAACCGUAGCCAAAGCCUCACAAGUCAUCGAAAGCGCCUUAGAUUUCCAAACCGCCUAUUCAAUCAUCCACUCCCAAAGCACGCGAUUGUGCCAAAUCGGAGACUCUGUAAACGUAGAUUCAGUCGGUACCUUUAACAUAUUCCUCGACGCUCUUGACGGAUAUUACUGCACCUACCAAGGCGGCAACCAACCCUACGUAGACUCCGCGUACCCGGACCCCAACGAAGGCGGCUACUCAGGACCCCUCCAAUGCGGCGGCGCCCCCGUAUCAAACGUAAUCUCCGUUUCCUAUGCCCAAAUCGAAGGCGCCCUCCCGGUCUUCUACCAAGAGCGCCAAUGCCGCGAAUGGAUGAAACUAGCCCUACAAGGCGUCUCCGUAAUCUUCGCUUCUGGCGAUUCCGGCGUCGCCAACACGUACAACUCCGUUUACCCCAACGCGUGUUUGAAUGAAUCUGCGUGGAUCAAUGGUGAGGUCGCGGUCGCUGUACCGGAUGGUGCUAAUUCUUAUUGCUCCGGUGGCGGCUUCUCUUCCGUUUUUCCAAGGCCUUUGUUUCAGUCCUCGGCUGUAGAGACUUACCUCACGUCUUACGCGCGCAAAUACGGCGAGUCGGUUUUCAAUUCUUCCAGCCGCGGGUACCCCGAUGUCGCUGCCUUGGGUCUCAAUCUCGUAAUCGUGUAUUUAAACAACACAAUUGAUGUUGGCGGCACUUCGGCGUCUGCACCCAUCUUUGAAUCUAUUAUCAACUUGCUGAAUGAAGAGCGUUUGGAGGCGGGGAAGAGACCGGUGGGCUUUUUGAAUCCCUUCAUGUAUGAGAAUCCCGGCAUGUUUAAUGAUGGGACGGAAGGCUGGAAUCCAGGAUGUGGGACGAAUGGGUUUCCGGCGAGCAAAGGGUGGGAUCCUGUGACUGGGUUGGGGACGCCGAAUUACGAGAAGAUGAGGGAAGUUUUCUUGGCCUUGCCCUAUUAA